CUUUUCAAAAUUGCAGUUGAACUUGAGCCCUACAAUCGUGCUCCUUGCAACUUUCUUCCUUGCUUUCUUUAGAAGCAUAUGACGAUUGCUUAUGGAUCAUCGAACGAAGCCAUGGAAUCAUUUGGUUUCUUCCAUUAGGAACUAGUGUUUUUGAUGCUAGUGCAAAGUGAGGAAAUCAUAUUGUUAUUUUUCCUUUGACGUUAUGAAGAUUAUGUUUCGUCUUUCGCUUGGAUUUUUGCUGGUGCUGUUGUUUUUUCACUGCACCUGUGUUGAUUCGAAGGUGGAAGAAAAUGCAAACACCGGUCUCGAUUCGAAAACAGUAAAUAAAGUAAUUGAUGCAAGCAAGGACACUGAAUCUAAUAAGGUUCUCAAUUCUGGUUCUGCUGGUAAGGAGAAGAAAGAUGAACAUCAAGGAAGCGUUUCAAGGGAGGGUGUUAAGAGCAGUGGGGAUAAGAUUAAGAAGGAUCAUGAAAGUGAAACAGUAUCGGAAGGGGAUGCAAAUGAAGUAAAGAAGGACGGUGAUUUACGUAAGGAUGUAAAGAAUAAGGGAGAGAAAGAGAAGGGGAAGCCGGUGGAUAAUUCAGUUUCGAAGGAAAAGUUCAAGAGUAGUGGGAAGGACGGCAGUACAGAGUCUUCAGCAUCGAAAGGAAAGGAUAUCUCUUCUGGUGAGGACUGUGAUUCAUCAAAUAAGUGCACCGAUGAGGGAAACAAAUUGGUUGCUUGCUUACGAGUUCCAGGAAAUGAAUCGCCUGAUCUUUCACUGCUAAUCCAAAACAAGGGAACAGGUCCUCUUACUGUGAAAAUUACUGCGCCAGAUUUUGUUCAUCUGGAGAAGAGUGAAGUUAAACUUCAAGAGAAGGAAGAUAAAAAGGUAAAAGUUUCAAUUGGUGAUGGAAGAGAUGGCCACACAAUCGUUCUUACCACAGGUAGCGGCCGUUGUAAUCUUGAUUUUAGGGAUCUGAUUUCGCACAAUAAUGCCAAAGUUUCUGAUAAUCUCCCGAAGUCCUCACGGUUCAGCUACCUCACAAAACCACCUGUCAUUGCAAUCUUAGCUUUUGCCGUAAUUCUAACAUUUGCAGCUACUGUAGUUUUCAUUAGCAUUCGUUCUAAGAGUUUCACAAGUGGCAAUUCUAAAUAUCAAAGGCUGGAUAUGGAGCUCCCUGUUUCCAUCACAGGCCAAUCCGUUGCUGACAAUAAUGACGGAUGGGAAAACAGUUGGGAUGACAAUUGGGAUGAUGAGACACCACACACACCUACCUUGCCUGUUACUCCAAAUCUUUCGUCGAAGGGCCUUGCCUCACGACGGUUGAAUAAGGAGGGCUGGAAAGAUUAGUCACUAUUAGCUUCACACAUACAUACGUGUAAUGGAAACCGCCCCAACAGCGAAUCCGAUAAUCUGGGAAUUUUGAUCAGGAUUUCAUCAUACAAGGUACACCCAUCUACCCCUUUUAGACCAACAAGCAUGUGUUAUUGUAUUUGCAUUCAACUUCUGUAAUUAUUACCUCCUCUCCUCACCUUUCUCUAUUGGAUUGGGAGGAAUGUGGAGUAUCAGAACCUCGAAUAUAUUUACUUAUUUUUGUUACGGAAAUUCGAAUGUCUGACUCCUAAUAUUUAUUGUUAGUAUAGUUAUGCUCA